AUGGCGGAUAAGAGUAUGGCAGAAGCCAUAGAGGGAAUGGAAGGCAUUCAGAGAGUGGAAAGGUAUCUGAGCUUGUGGACAUACGCAUACCUUCAGGACCCCAAGAACAACGACUGGUCGUCAACCAUCACACCGCACCUGUCCAUCGUCUCACACUCAGCAUCACUCCCGCAUCCCAACAUCACCUUCCGCUUGACUGUACAGCCCAUCCAUAACAAUGGCCUAAACAACAUGCAUGGGGGAUGCACAUCCACCAUCUUCGACCUAUGCACUACGAUGCCGCUUCAUCUGAUCUCCAAGCCCGGAUUUUGGCAGUGGCUUGGCGUGAGUCGCACCUUGAACGUCACGUACCUGCGGCCUAUACCUGUCGGUUCAAUUGUGGACAUCGAAUGCGAGAUCGUCCAGGUCGGGAGGAAGAUUUGCACCUUGAGGGGCGUCAUGAGAGCUGUGACAGCCGAUGGCAAAGAGGGACCGAGCCUGGCGGUUUGUGAGCAUGGAAAAGUCAGUACGGAUCCUCCUGCUGAGAAGCUGUGA